AUGGGAGUCGGCCGACGGCGACGAGAUCGAGCUGUCGGAGAUACCCGCGUUCGCGGUGGUCGUGAGGAACCCACUGCGUGUGAGCAUCUCCUCCCGCCGAAGGUAGCGUGAUGGGGCCCCACACCUGGGUGUAGAAUAGUUAUAGAGAGAUCUCGCAGAGAAGGGGAGGACAGUGGAACAGGAAAAUAAAGAGGGAUUACAGAACUAGAACAGUAAGGAGAAAUGGUGACGACUGUCAACGCUUAGCACACUUCAUGACGCAACCCAACUAGAACAAUAAGGGGAAAUGAAGGAAAAUAAGGGAAAAGCCUCCGACAGAGUUGAUUGCAGAAUUCUUUGCAGAGAAUUCAAGGAACCAAGGUGAUUGCUUUGAGGGGAUCGGCCUCCAGGUGCUUCCUACCUCCCUCCUCUCAAUCAGUUGCUUAUAAGCUGAUGCUGGCUUGUAUGCAAUUUCUGAACUGGAUCUUUCUAAUUCUUGUGAAUUUUCUCUAAUAAUUCCUUCUAUAAUAAGUAUUGUGGCUUUCUCUAUAUUGACAGUCCCUUCGUUCUUCUCCCUUCUUUGUCUCAUAAGCCAACACCCCUUCCUUGUUGAGUUGACUGAUGCAAGGAUCUCAUCAUAGCACCACCCAUUGAUGCCGCCACCUAGCACCACACCCACCACCGCAAGUGCAUAGAUGGUUCAGUACAGUAUUAGAGACGAAAGUAUCCACAUAUGUUAAUACAUUCUUGCAUUUUAAUUAAUACAUUGUUGCAAGCAUCUCACUUCAAAAUAAUUUCACUAGCAAUCAUUAUCAAUUUUAUUCUUUCUUGAAAUUAAAUUUGUGUAUUAACCCAUGCCUCAUAAUGACUAAUUUAUGGAUUCUAGUCAUCGAAUAAAUUAUGUGUGAAUUAAAUUAUAUAGAGGAAUAUAUAGAUAUAUAAAAGAAGAGUGGUUGCUAGCUUGGAUAGAGUUUUUUGUACCCUCAUGAUAUAAAACUAAAAUGCACAUUAAUAAGUCUCCAUUAUUAUGAGUUAAUAAUUAGUUAAUAAUAUAUUUUAUAUAUUACCUCAUGAUAAAUAGUCUUAUAUUUACCUUAAAUUAGGAAAAAAAGUUUACGGUUGAUUAUGUGACUAUUGUGAAUUUAUGGUUAAUUAUGUGAUUUUAAAUUAUUUUUAGAUCUAUAUUUGAGAUAAAAUAAAGAUAAAUAAAUAAUAUGAAAAGGGGGGAGCCCACUAGCUAGCCAACACUUGGCAGCUGACCCAUAGAGGGCACUAUGCUUGAGUGGGUGGACCCGAGCUAGGAGAACAAAGAGCUAGGCUCUAGUGGCCAAAGGACCCACAUACACAUGUGCAUCACACCUCUUCCAUGUCACUAAGGGGGGCUGGACACAUGCAUGAAGCAAGUUAUGAACACAUUACAUGUGUAUGAGGGGUAGACCACUUGGUAUAGCCCUCUCCCUAGGUGGUCCUCACCAUUUUAUUUAUGGGAGAAGGAACUUGAAUACCAAAGGAGGUCCAAACUUAUAUUCAACUCAAAGGUCUGGAUAAAAUUAAUGUGGGAUGAAAACAUAGAACACAAACAAAAUAAUGUCAAAAAGACCUCUAUGUUAAGAGAAGGUAACAUGGUCAUGUGCUCACUAUUUUAAGGGUAUUUUGAUAAUUGAUUAAAUUUCUCUUAUGAAUCCAUGUAAUUGAUGAAGGUUAGAAUCUCACUAACGUCAAAAAGCAUAGUUUUAUUAUAUAUUAACUCUUUGAUUUUUCUAUAGAAUGUCAAUCAACAAUCAAAUUGUUAAAAGUACUUGAUCAUCAACAAAAUUUUCAUGGACAAUAUUCACAAAUAACUGUUAGCAACUAAUUGAGGAUUUCAGAUAAAAAAAUCACAAAUUCCUCGAAGAAAUCAUCUAUGGUUGGUGGAUGAAAAAGUCAUUGUUGGGAGCAAGGCAAUCAACGAAGAGGUUUGUCACAAUCUCUUCAAAGUAUUCUAAAUACAAUAAAGAGCCUCCUCUUGUUGUGCAAACCUAAAGAUGAAGCCCUUUGAGACACUCUACCUCCACCAAGCUCAAACCUUCAUCAAGUGACAAUCGUCAAAGUUCAUCAUUAUUGUAUUUUCACUAUGGGGGGUGACAGCUGCCCAAGACACUUCACAAACAUUAUUCUUCAUCUUAUGGACUUCAUAUGGGAAUUCAAAGAGUGUCUAUGACUAUGCACAUCUAAGGAGAGGAUUUGAUGCUAUGGGCAUCCUUCAAAAACUUUUCAAAUCAUAGAAUUUUGACAAUCACCGUUGUGACAUCAAAACUUUAUUUUUUUAUUUAAAACUAUUAAUCCUUAAAUUAAUGAUAGUUUACUUGAAUUUAAGUUUCUCAAUUAUUAUUUAGUCAAUUGUAAUUCAUUUGAAAUUUACAUAUUUAAAUUUCAUCAAUUAGUCAUUGUAAUUAUUUAUGCAAUAAUCCUCUGGUAGAACUUUGUUUCUACCCAAAUCAUUGUACUUAAAUUUCUUUCUUUAAAUUUUUAAAGGAUUUUCUUAUAAUUGUUUAGUCCAAAAAUCACAUAAAAUCAGAUUCUUUGCAAAUAAUUUUGAAAUUUUAUUAUCUUACAUCUUUGUGAUUGAUCUAAAACAUCCUCACUAUUUUUAAAGUUUUUAUCAAAUGAUAAUUAAUAUUUUUUAAGAUAUUUUAAAAUAUAUAUAAAAAUUAAUAUUUUUAAUUUUAUAAAUUUUAAAUUUACAUGAUUUAAUAAAAAAUGACCAAGUCAUAUCAAACAUCAAGAGAAAUCAAGAGCACUUAAAAAGUAAUAGAGAAAAAACUAGUUAGGGCACUAAUAAGAUUCCUAAAAAUGAUUAAUAGCCAUCCCCUUGUUGUGACUAUAGAUACCUAGUCUUUUCCUCCUUUUGAAGUACAAUAAAAGCCUUAAGGGCUUAUUGAUAUAGCCCAAAACCUAGACAGUGAAGAGGAAAGAAACUAGAGGCCUAAAUACAUUAAAAUUGGACCACAAAGAGAAGAAUGUUCAAAGAAGGCCCAAUAGCUAGUUAGGACUAAUAAAGACACAAAAAAAUUCUUUAAGAAAGCUACUUUAUGUCUCUUUUCUUUAAGAAGGUGUUUUAAGUCCUAUCUAGAGUCUAUCCCAUAAUCUAUUUAAGAUCUUACUCUAUUAGAGUCCAUUUUAGGUCAUUUUAGAUAUAGUCAAAGUUUGUCACUAAGAUCUGUUCAAGAUCUUCUUUUUAGGAGUGCCCCACCUCCUUUUUAGCCUAUAUAAAGGCUUGAUAAGUCUUCAUUAUCAUGAGUUAAUAAUUAGUAAAUAAUAUAGUUUUAGCCUUAACUCGUGAUAAAUAGACUUAUAUUUGUGUUAAAGUGUGAAAAGUGGUUUUCAGUUGAUUAAUGUGAUUUUUUGGGUAAUUAUGUGAUUUUAUACGAAUUUAUAUGAUUUUUAUAGUCUUACUUUUGAGAUAAAUGAAGAAAAAGAAAUAAAAAUAAAAAUAUUGCAAAUUGGGGGGACCCGCCGGCCAGCCGGGCUCGCAAGCAGGUCGGAAGCGCAGUCAAGGAAUAGCCGCGAGCAGGGGCUCGAGCAGCUUGAACCGAUGGGGGCACGUGUGCGCUACUCCUCUUCCACGUCACUGGUGGCCAGCCGGCUAUGGGGCAAGGAGUGGUCGUACACGCGCGAGAAAGGGACUUUGUUUAGAAAUAUAACAUUUCUAUUUUCGCCCGAAAAUUCGGCGCACAACCGAUGUGGGACUAAACCCAUCACCUUCCUUAGAAGAGGCGGGGCAACCGGCACGGGUUCGAAUCCUCCCAGAGUCAAAACUCAUAUUUUUAUCUAAUUAUCGCGACUUUCUUGUAGAUCGUCGGUGAAGGAUUAAGCAACUAGAAUCACUAGAUCAUCGGCAAAAAUCUCGUCAACGCAAUUCGUAGAGCAUUGUUACUCAAAUUGCUAAAGGAUUCACGAUAAAAGGAUCGCGAAUCCAUCGAGUAAAUCAUCUCCGAUUGAUCGACGAACAAGCCGUCGUCGGGAAGAAGACGAUCCGCCAGGAGAUGAGUCGCUACCUCCUGAGAGCGUACCAGAUGCUAUGAAGAGCCUCCUCUUGCUGCGCGGACCUGAGGAUGAAGCUCCCUGACACGCGCCCCACCUCCAUCCAGCUCAUCUCCGUCGGGUGACAGCCGCUGGAGAGCCGCAAAGUUGCCAUUUUUCCGUUCCGUCGGGUGACAGCUGCCGGAGAUGAUUCGACGACCCACUUCAUUGAUCUCUAGACUUUGCAAGGAGAUCUAGAGAUUGCCCAUGUCGUCUUUGUCCAAAGAGAGCCUUCGAGGCCAUGGAUACUGCACGACGAUCCUCCCGAACGCUCAAGAUUCUGGUGCAUCGCCGAUGCAUCGCUGUCGCGACGCCGAAACUCUAUUUUUCUGCUUUCAACUUACUUUACGGUUCAUUUAGUGA